AUGGCAUCCGGAUCUCCGACAAUGGCUGGCGGUCUUUUUUCCAUUGAUCGAGCGUAUUUCGAAAAACUGGGCAUCUACGAUCCAGGUUUCGAUAUUUGGGGAGGAGAAAGUCUCGAGCUGUCAUUCAAGAUUUGGAUGUGCGACGGAACCCUGGAAAUCGUUCCAUGUUCACAUGUUGGACAUAGCUUCCGAAAACGGUCGCCUUAUAAGUGGAGAACUGGAGUGAAUGUGCAGAAGAGGAAUUCAGUACGAUUAGCAGAACUGGACGAAUGCAAGCAGUAUUAUUAUGAACGGAUCAAUAACCAGUUGUCGCCGUGCGCGUGUCGAGUAUGGAAGAUUCAACGCCCAAAAGGAGAAAUUGGUGAUACAUCUGAACGUAAGAAAUUACGUGAACGUCUUGGUUGCAAGAAGUCAUUCAAAUGGUAUUUGGACAACAUACCCCCAGAGUUAUUUAUUCCUAGUGAAUCGAUUGCCAAAGGAGAGGUACGUCUUGAGCUACGAUUGACUUGUCCCACAUUUCCUAUUCUUUCUGUAUUUCCAUCAUUUUCGUUUCUCUUUCUUCUUUCUUUCUUCUCGAAUACGGCAUCGAAGGCAUUUCACUGA